UGAGUUUGAUUAGUGUGCUGUGAAUGUUGUGAUUUCCUCUUUCCCGCAAAUUAUGGCUGAUGAAAAAGCCAAGCUUGAGCAUCACUUAACAUUACUCAGAGAGGAAUAUGUUAAGCUUCAAGCGAGAUUGGCAGAAUCGGAAAAGAAGUACAACAUUGCUGCUGCUCAAUUAGGAAAUAUUAGUGGUGAAUCUUUUAUAGUUCGGUUGUUAAAAACAGUUGCUGACCUUUUUGAUAAAGAAUUAUAUAGUGAUUUACGAGUGGAACUUGAUGGACAUACUAUCAGAGCUCACAAAUUUGUCCUCUCUUCUCGAAGUAAUAAUUGGGGUGUUCCAGAUUUAGCCGAUGUUGAUUACUUAGACUUAUCAGAUAUUCCUCAUCAUAUUGGUUUGGCCCUGAUGAAAUGGGUUUAUACAGAUGAACUAGAGUUGAAUAAGCCAGAUAGCUUCUUCUUGGAUCUUAUGCGAUUUGCUAAAAGAUUUGAGCUGAAAAGUUUAGUGGACAGGUGCGAAAAUGCUCUUCUUUCUUCUGUUAAUGUUCACAACUGUGUCAAGUUUUAUCAAGCAGCUGAUGAAAUUGAUGCCACAACGUUAAAGAAGCAUUGUUCUCAACUUAUAUCAAACCAUUGGAAUGAUUUUACAAGGGAUGAUUUUGUUCACAUGAGUGCCUCUCUGCUGUAUAAAAUGUUUAAAGCUAAAACUGAUUACAUUUUACAUACUGCUAUUAAGAUACAAAGAGAAGAUGUGGUAUUUCUUUUCUUGAUUGAAUAUGAUUCUCAGCUAGUUACAAAAGUAAAUGAAUUGGAUGAUAAUGAUGACAUUCCAUUGGAUUUGGCCUUGAAGAGUUGUCAAGAAAGCAUCGCCCAAACUCUUGUAAAACAUAAAGCUAAUGUUAACCAAACUGAUAAUCGAGGCUGGACCUUGUUGCACAAAGCCAUUGAAAGAGUUGAUGCAUUUUCAUCAUUAUUUUUAAUCAACCACAAAGCAUCUGUAAAUGUCACAAUACCAUCAGAAAAGGCAACUCCCUUGCAUUUAGUUGCUAGUUUAAAUCUAAAAGUACACUCUAAAGAAGUUACAACUGGAAUGACAGAAGUUGCAUCUAAAUUACUUCAGCAUGGAGCUAAUCCUAAUCUUCAAGACAUCAAUGGAGAUUCCUGUCUGCACCGUGCCAUUGCUGCUCAGAAUGCCCCGAUUUUUGAGCUGCUCCUAAAACACGAACAUUUGGAUUUGGAAAUUAAAAAUGCUGAUGGACAGACAGUGUUGUGGUUUGCUUUAGAUAAAGGAAUAGGUGGCUAUGAUGAUAAUAGUUUUGCAGCAAAGUUAGUAAAGAGGGGAGGUUGCUUAGAUGCAGUUUGUCCUCUUAAUGGUGACACUUUGCUGCACUUAGCAUGUAGAGCACGUAAUGAAGAUGCUGGAAUUUUCCUGUCAGUGCAUGGAGCCAAGCCAAAUUUGACUAAUAAUAAGGGUGAAGCACCUCUUCACAUAUCUUGUUCAAAUGGAUUGUCUUCCUUGACAAUGGUGCUUUUGCAAAAAGGUGCCAAUCCUAAUCUUCAGACAACAGCUCCUGUUACUAUUACCAGUAUGGCAUUAGAUGAUGAAGAAGUCAUUUACCAGCAAACUCCUUUGCAUCUUGCCAUUUUGGGACAGCAUGAAGAAACAAUACAAUCUAUAAUUGAUCACAAAGCUUUUGCCCAAGUGAGUCAAGGAGAAAAUGUUGUUGUUCCAAACUUCAACAUAAAGAACUCAAAAGGCGACACACCUUUAAGCUUAUCUCUUGAACUGAAUCUUCUCAAAGUUGCUCAGAAGCUUCUCUCGGGUGGAGCCAAUAUUGAUGUUAAGAAUGAUGAUGGCUUAACCUUACUUCAUCAGGCUAUUACUAAUCAGAAUACUGAAGCUGCUCUCUUUUUGUUGGAAAAUGGAGCUGAUUUUUCUGCAAAAACUCAAGAAAAUGAGAAUCCUCUUCAAUUGGCAGUGAAGCGUCAUCUUCCAGCUGUAGUAGACGCUUUAUGUCGUGCCGGGGCCGAUUUGAAUGCAAGAGAUGAAAAGGGUGACAGUGCACUUUGGUUGGCCCUUGAAAGUGGACAAGAAGACGUUGCUUCUAUACUGGUAAAGCAUGGCUGUGAUACAAAUUGUUGGGGUGAAGGUCCUGGUGGUUGUUACCAAACUCUUCUGCAUCGUGCAUUGGAUGAAAACAAUGAAUCUGUUUCUUGUUUUUUAAUCAGAAGUGGUUGCGACAUGGAUAGCCCUCGAAGACCGAGUCCUGAAGGGCGUGGUGAAGAAGAAGCCUUUGAUGGACAGAGUGCCCUGCAUUUAGCUUGUGCUUGGGGUCUUGAACAAGUUGUACAGACAUUAAUAGAGCAUGGUGCUGAUGUUAAUCUUCAGGAUUCCGAACUGAAAACACCUUUGCAUACUGCUAUAGCCAAUCAAAACCCUGUCAUCAUUAGCUUAUUGUUAUCAUGCCCUGCUUUAGAUUUAAGUUUAAGAGAUAGGCAAGGUUGUACGCCUUUUGCAGCUGCCAUGACAGUUCGUAACAAUAAAGCUGCUGAAGCUAUUUUAUCUCGGGAACCUCGAGCCGCUGAACAGCAUGACAAUAAAGGUCGAAAUUUCUUGCAUUUGGCCAUUCAGAAGAAGGAUAUCGAAAGUGUGUUAUUUCUUUUAAGCAUUCAUGUAAACAUUCAUUCUCGCAUACAAGAUUCAUCUCAACUUACACCACUGCAUCUGGCUGUUGAAUCUGGAUCUGAAAUCAUCGUCAGGAACCUUUUACUCGCAGGUUCUCAGGUGAAUGAUCUAACACCUCAAAAACAAACAGCCCUUCAUAUCGCAGCUGCCCAUGACCACAGCACUCUUUGUGAAAUACUUUUGUCAAAUGGUGUGGAGUUUGAUGCUGUUGACACCAAUCAAAACAAUGCUCUGCACAUUGCUUGCCAAAAGGGAAAUUUGGCUUCGUGUCGUGUUCUGCUGACGGAAUCUCAGAUCAAUGCUGAAGCUGUGAACUUAAGAGGACAAAAUCCUUUACAUGUUUUAUGCCAGUAUGGAAAAGAAAAUGCUGCAGCUAUUUUUGAGUUGUUCAUCGAAUGUAUGCCUGUUUAUCCCAUAGACACUACUGAUGCUGAAGGCAAUACACCUUUGCUGUUAGCCUACAUGAACGGAAAUGGCAAUUUGUGUAGGGCUCUUGUGCGUAGUGGAGCUUGUUUAGGAAGCUGUAACCGCCAAGGUGUAAAUAUCUUCAAUACACAAGUAGCAACAAAGCAAUUACUUUAUCGACUGUUAGAUUUUUUGCCGAAAGAACCUCCGUGGUGUGAAGGGGAAACAUGCAUGGAGUGUACAGCAAAAUUUGGGAUUAAAACUCGUAAACAUCACUGCCGUCACUGUGGGAGAGUGUUGUGUGGCAAAUGUUCCGAUAAAGAUGUUCCCAUUCUGAAGUUUGGAUUAAACAAGCCUGUCAGAGUAUGCGAGCUGUGUUUUGAUGUUUUGACAGUUGGAGCUAUAUAAUUGUAAUUUUAGCAUAGAAAAUGUUACUAACUAGUCAGACUCUGUUCAUUAAACUGUAUAUUGUGGAUUGAUUUUAGGCCAACACAUUACCAAAAAGCAUCAUUAGUCCUACCUUUUGGCUGAAAAUUUAUAUUUUUUUACACUGUAUCGAAUUUGUUUUUAAUCUUCAACAAAGAUUUCAAUGUUUUUACAUCAUUUGCCAAA